CGUAGCGGUUAUCAGCUAAUUUGACAUAACGUUGUGAUUGGAGAUGUGUUAUUCACAUGCACGCUAUAGCGUACAGGCAAAUCUUUCUAUUUUUCCGCUGGUUGUCAUAACAGUCAUAAUUCUGGAAGGAAAGCGACGUACAUUACAGAUUUCAGAUUACCACACACGGUGGUACUUGCAAUAGUGCAGAAGUAGAAAGCCAUUCUCAUCAACCGAUUUGAAAAUUGCCACAGCGAAGGAUUCGUCGAUGGCUAUUAUUUCGAAGAUUUAUAUUGUGUUACGGAUGAUAUUAACGGUUUUACUGUUUGGCGAAAGCUCAGUAAAACGCCUAUACGUGUCAUGUGAGGAGAGUGAGCGAGCGGUAUGCCCUCUCCCGACGCCGUGUUACAGGUGGGUAAAUUUGAACGGAGGGAGUUGUGAUCUGGGAACGGAGAUCCAGCCGGACAACACAGCCACUGGCAUUGACGCCUGUCCGAGCUGGUUCCGUGGCUUCAGAUACUACCCGUAUCAGUUCGAUUUGUUGGAAAAUGUGCUACAGAGUUCUGAUGGCAAAAUUCUUGACGUUAUUGCUUUGUCGCGUUGCACCCGACGACCUUUUGGCGCUGCACCCGAAAGACAAGAUGCCGUGGCCGUUCUGCGAGGCCCCAACAUUGGUCCGGCAGCCUGUACUGUGUGGCGUGUAACAUUUUGGUACCGAUUGUCCGAUUACCCGGUUUUCGAUUCUGCCAAUCCACAGAACCAGUUUUAUCUCAAAGUGUUCGUCGAGAAUAACGGAGAAACGUUUCCAUCUGAACUGAUCUGGGGAAGAGAAGAGGAUUAUGACGAAUUCCGGCCCAAUGUUUGGUAUUCUGGCGAAGGAGUUUUUCAUCGUGACCAAAGCGAGCCUUUUGCACUAUACUGGUUCGCUUAUCACAAUGACAACUGCGAUGUAGAUCUUAAAGAGAUAGCCGUGGACAGCAUGAGAAUCCAAUAUGCCACAUCUGCUACCCCCGCGUCCGGUAUCUGUCCAACUACAACCGUUGCUCCACCUCAAACCACGCCACCAUCAACGCCGACACCAGUCAUACCCGACACAACACCGACCACAACUCCGUCAACCACAACUACGGAAUCUCCGACGACGACCAGGGAAUCGCCAACUCCGACAGAGAUUGUGGAUUCCACCACAACGCCCGACACAACCACCGUCUCUCCUGAACCAGAUCCUGACACACCCUCAAUUGACACCACAGAAUCCACACCAACCCCAUCCACAGCGACCCCGAGCACUGUAACUGAUGCCCCAGUAUCGGAGACAACGCCCAGUACUGCAACGGCCAUUCUCGAUGCUAACACAACAGCACCAGCGAUGACAACAGCGACUGUCUCGAUCGAGCCAGGCACAGAGAUGAACACAACCUCGAUAACUGCAACUGCCUCGAUUGAGACAAACACAACCUCGACGCCAACCGAAUCCACCAAUUCAACGGUCCCCAUCACAAGCCUAGAGACUGCGCCACCUGGCAACAUAACCGCUACCACGCCGUCGAUUGCAACGCCUAUCACAACUACCACAAACGGCACGAGCCCGAGCUCCCAACAACCACACCGUUGAUGCCGGUUGAUCUCUGCAAAGAAGUAGACUGCGGCUUUGGGCAAUGUAGCAUAGACGGCGCUUCGUAUGCGUGUGAAUGCCGCCACGGUUUCGUGCAGGACCAUCCGCGGGCGGUGUGCCGGUGCCCAGCCACGACGUACCACGCGAACGUUACUUCCGGCUGUGUAGACGCGCCACUAAUAAUUCAGUCAACGUACCAAUUGGAAGCCGAAUUUCCCAGUGACCUUUCGAAUAAUAAUUCCGAAAUCUACAUGAAGUGGUCCUCCGAAAUUGAGCGGAAAGUUCGAGAUGAGAUCGCAGUAAAUUUCACGCUAGGAACGGAUUUCACGCAUCUCUUCGUCAGAGUUCUGUCAUUCCGCAAUGGCUCUGUAGUCACCGAUGUCCUAGUGACAGUUGCCGGUUACCAAAUUAUCCGCGAGACAGAAAUCCGAACAGCAAUCGAAAACAUUCGGCCAUCGUUCGAAAUUGACGGAACCUCCUUGAUGAUUGUCGAACCCAUAAUCUCCGGAUAUUUCAAUCGCUGCAUAGAAGUGGAAGAGAAUUCCGCCUGUGGAGCAGCUCACCGCUGUAAUUUCGCGGAAAGCACCGGGAAAGCGACGUGCCACUGUAACCCGGGUUACGAAUUUGAUGCUACAAGGAAACUGUGUAAUCGCAUUCAGAUAGUGGCGCCAACGAGCACUCCCAGUCCAACAGGCAACACAGACCCUCUGUAUAUCGCCUUGUACACCAUUGCGGCAGUAACUGGAACGGUGGUCAUCGUAUUUGCUGGGUUGUUUGCAAGAAGAAGAUAUGUCGCGAGGCGGCGACGACCUCUACCGCCGGUUCCGCCGAUCUACCAAGCUCGCACUAAUCGCACGUAUUUGUCUCGCCAGCAGCAGCAAGAUGCGGUAUACGCUUCUAUCGCUGAUUAUGGGGGGAUCAACUCCAGACGGCAACAGCCGGCAUCCAUCCGCAGCACGACAAGCAGUAUGCCAGAUUAUGAUUUGGACGUGGAUGAACUGGAGCGGCGCCGUUCUAGCGGCUACUCCGGAUCCAUGCGCAGCCUCUCUUCCUUUCAUCCGUCGGAGCAGUCAUACGAGCUGUAUGGUGUGGUGUCGCCACGGAGUCAAAGACAACAUUAACCAGCCAUAUCUGCCCUAUAUUUGUUCUGAUUGUAAAGUGUGUUAAAAAGCGAAGAUUAAGUCGCUACAGUUUUGAAGUUUUUUGCAUGCUUUGUUUAAAAACGUAGUUAGGAUUUUAGUCACUUUGUAAUCUCUGCAAGUAUGUGAUUUUUUAGGUGUUGCUAAUAUUUGCUUUAUUGUCCCUUUGAAAGGUCUAUUCUGAAUUCUUGGAUUUUUUAAAGGUUGAAUGUUCAGUCUUGGGCAGCAGAUAGUUUAGGCGAAGGUAGAUCAGGUUUUGCCACGAAUUUAUAAUAUUACUUUCUACACUUGUGUACACCUUGUACUUGUGUAGGUUUUUUUACCUUUUUUACCUUGCGUGGAGUAAUGUGACGUCUAAAUCGAUUGUGCCGACAGCGUAUGAGAUAUCGUUAAACUGUACUAAUGAACUUUUUCGGA